UUACCCAUUCUAAAUUAUCUUGAUAAAUAUUUUACGUAUGGUUUCUCUGUUGUAAUUCUGCCUAAUCCCUUCCAGUGCUUGGUAUGGCUCCGGAGCCGGAGCUAUGAUUUUGAAAGCCCGGGGCCGGAGAUACCCAGCACUAAUCCCUUCCCUACUUACUAUCUCAAACUUAUUAAUUAAUAUUUAAUUAAGCAACAACACUUCCAAAAUUUCCAAACUCUAUAAAAUCACGCCUCGCAUGAAUAUAGUAGUAAAUAAGACUCUAAUGUCCCUUCUCUCUCUCUUUAAUUGGAAUUUUGACCAAAAAUUUGUUGAUCUUUUUUACUUAGUAUUUUAAUUUUUAUUUAUAUAGCAUUUAACUAUCACAACCAAAAAGGAUCGAUUUUAGAGUAAUUGUUUAUUGUUGACUUGACUAUUGUAAAAAGUAUCGGCAAGAAACUUCUUUUUUCUUGCCGAUUUUCUUUUGAAGAUAACAAAAAGACCAAAGGUUAUAAAGGCAAAAAGUAAUUAUUAAAUAGUUUUUCCCUUUUUUGCGGAAUUGUUUUUUUCUUUGUUAGAAAAUUUAAUUUAUUUAUUUUUAUUGUCGACAAUCCCUCCUCCAUGUUCCUAGAAACUAUAAAAUUCUUUUUGAAAAAUUGUGCUUUGUUUUGAAAAUUCUCUUUUUUUUUCUUUACUCUUCCAUACUUCGCAACAUUUUUUCUUUAUUUAUUUAUUCAAUUUUCCCGCAACAUUAUCUCCAUGUGUGUUCAACUCCUUGAAACCGCGGCAAGGGCUAAAUUCAAUAAAUUUUAAUCUUGCUUCAAAAUUUCGGUGUAGCUCAGCUUAAGACGCUCCUCAAUCUUUUUUAUGUUUUUUUAUAAUUUCCAAGUUUUACUAAAAUAUUCCACUUUUUCAUAAUCAUUACUGUUUUUUAGUUUUCUUCAUUUUUAUAUAAAUCCUCCACGUGUCAGAAUAGGUGUAUGUAUCCUUCCAAAACUCCGUCCACAUUAAAGUAAAAAUCCAUCCAUUUCACAUAAAAUAAAUUUCUAGGCAAUGGAUAACUUAUAGCCAUAGACGACACAUAUUUUAAUUUUCGGUAAAUUUAGACGGUAUUUUUUACUCAAUUUUUGGACAAUGUUUUGUCUGGAGGGUGUUUUGCCCCUUACCCUUUCUCUUUUUUUAAUAACCCCCCCCCCCUUACUCCUCCCCCCUUUAUCAAUUUUCCUUUUCCCAAAAAAAAAUAUUAAAUUUUAUUUUUGGCAUUUAAUCUUUGGACAUUUUGUCCAUUAUUUUUUGCAAGUCUGGACUUGUCUUUCACCACAUAUUUUACUCCUUCCAAAUAUUUAUGUGUCCAUCUUUUAUUUGUUUACACACCAAAAAUUGAUUACUCCGCAAAUUGUGGGAGAAAAGGGGCCAUUAGUGUCUCUCAACGAAUUUUUCUUUUUUCCAUCAAAAUUCUUUUUUUAUUCCAUACUCUAG